UUUUAGGGACAGCUGUUUUCUAGACCUGGAGAAAUGCAAAGUCCUCUCUCUUUAAGACAAAUGAGAACGGAAACCAUUCCAGGCCCACAGAUGAUCAGAAGCAGUGACCUAGAGAGUGGGAAUGCAGAGGCUGAACAACACCAGGAAAGCUGGAGCUACAGAUAUUUUUUAGAGAAAAGACCAUGGUGCUUAUAGGAUCAUAAUAUGGGUUUUAAGCUGGUUAACACAUGCAUUUGUAUAAUAUUAUGUAUGUUGUUUUAUACAGCAUUCCAAAAGGUUUGGGAUAUCUGACCAUUAUGGCACCAAGAAACUUCUUGUGUAUGAGAGGUAACUUUCUCUUUGGUUCAAGAUGUUGGAUGAUCCGGUUUCCUGCAAAAAUCCUCUUUAAAUUAGUUUCGUUUAGGCUUUACAGCAUGAAGUGUGGUAAUACAGACAGUGAGUCUUCAGAGAAUGAAGAACUACUGAAUAACCUACUUAAAAUGGGAGUAGAUGUUGACAUGGCGAAAAAACGACAGCCUGGAGUUUUUAAUAGGAUGGGAACUAAAGAGCAAGACCUGAAGAUGUUCCUUCUAUCCAAAGGAGCUAGCAAAGAAGUGAUUGCUAGCAUUAUAUCAAGAUAUCCACGAGCCAUUACACGCACACCUGAAAGUCUUUCAGAACGGUGGGAUCUGUGGAGAAGAAUUACGACAUCAGACCUUGAAAUUAUAAACAUCUUGGAACGUUCUCCUGAAUCUUUUUUUCGGUCCAGAAACAACCUAAACUUAGAAAAUAAUAUCAAGUUCCUCUACUCAGUUGGAUUGACCCAUAAAUGCCUUUGUCGAUUGUUGACCAAUGCCCCACGUACCUUCUCCAAUAGUCUAGAUCUGAAUAAACAGAUGAUUGAACUUUUGCAAGAAGUCUGUUUGUCAUUGGGUCACAAUGAGCCCAGAGAUUUUGUUGGGAAGAUAAUUUUUAAAAACCCUUUCAUUUUAAUUCAGAGUACCAAACGGGUGAAAACUAACAUUGAGUUUUUACAGUCAACUUUCAACUUGAACAAUGAGCAGCUGCUCAUUCUGCUAUGUGGUUCAGGAGCUAAAAUUCUGGACCUUUCCAAUGACUAUGUCAGCAGAAACUACACAAAUAUCAAGGAGAAGCUGUUUUCUCUUGGGUGUACUGAAGAAGAGGUGCACAGGUUUAUCUUAAGCUAUCCAGAUGUGGUCUUCUUGGGAGAGAAAAAGUUUAAUGAUAAAAUAGACUGCCUCAUAGAAGAAAAAAUUAGCGUAUCACAAAUAAUUGAAAAUCCUCGGAUUUUGGAUUCAAGCAUAAGUACUUUAAAAAGUCGAAUCAAAGAAUUGGUAAAUGCUGGCUAUAAUUUCAGUACAUCAAACAUCACUCUUUUAUCUUGGAGUCAAAAAAGAUAUAAAGCUAAAUUGAAAAAGUUAAACACUGAACAGAACAUUGUUCUGGGGAAUUAAAAAGUAUCUUGUAAUGAUACCUCAUUUUGAAUUUGGGCCUUUCAAAAAGGAGAGGUUUGGUUUCUUAACUGUAUAUACCGUAUAACCUGCAAAAAUUGCUGCUAAUGAUCUUUGGAUAUUUUACUGUAAAGGCUUGUAAAAACUCAUGGUCAGGAUGCUCUAGUAUAGUUUUUCCAGUUAUCUUUUCUCUAGUUUGAAUUAAUACAACAUCCAAUUAUAUGAUACAGGCUGUGACUGUCCUAUGAAUGGUAGUUUCCUGAGUGCAGGACAGAACAAUAUGUGGAAAGAUAAAAAGUACAAAAUAAGCUUUUGGUUCCUAUUCAGAUUAAAAAAUCAACAGAGUCAUUUGGAUAGUUCUAUUUCCUCUCAGGGUUUUGAAUGGCAACUGAUUUCUCCUGUUCCCACAUAUCUAAUUGUGGCUCAUCUUCAAAAUAAAAUGCCAGUAAAAAUCUGACAAACCAGAAAGGAGGGGUUUUUAUCUCAAGUUCUACAUUCUCCAAUUAAACCAUUAGUAUGUUCCCCCUACCCCCCCCCCCCCAAUUUAGGCUCAAUUUACUAUGGGUAUAUCCUGAUUUUCUUUGAAGAAAAUGGCAACUAUGAUGGGCAGAAAAAUGGCCACCCAAAGAUGUCAGUGUCGUAAUUCCCAGAAUCUGAAUGUGUUAUGUUACACUGGAAAAGGACUUUGCAGAUGCAAUUAAGUUACGGACCUUAAGACAGGGAGAUUAUCCCAGAUUAUCUGUGUGGGCCCAAUGUAAUCAUAUGGGUCCUUCAAAAUGGAAGAGGGAUGUAACAGAGGAGGUCAGAGUAAUAUGAUGUAAGGACUUGACCCUAUUUACUGGCUUUGAAGGAGGAAGGGACCAUGAGCCAAGGAAUGCAGGUGGCCUCAAAGAAAAUGGAAAAGGCAAGGAAAUGUUCUCCCCUAGUGCUACUAGAAAGGGACACAGCCCUGCUGGGACCUUAAAUUUAGCACUCUGAGACAUGUGUCAAACUUCUGACAUUCAGAACUAUAAUAUAAUCAUUUUGUGUUGUUUUAAGCCACUGAGUGUGUGUGUCUGUUGUUACAGCAUCGAAUAGAUGAAUAUAGGAACUAAAUGAUAAUUAGUUGCAUUAUAGGUGAAGAAGUCACAAAAUAUGGUUCUUUUAGCAUAUCUGUGUUUCUUUCUCUUGUAAUUAACUUUGUUUUUAUCCACAUACCUUUUUGGAAUGAUGACUAAGUUACUGUUUGUGAAGACCUCUAAAUGUAUAAAAAACUAAAUGUAAGUAAUAAAGUCUAAAUAAAGAAAUAUUUUUACCUGAUAA